CGAGUCCACAGAUUUUCCCUACUCCGCCGUCAGUUUUUUCUCAACUCAGAGGUUGCGUUUUUGCCACCGCUUUGAUUCGCCGGUAACUUCACGUAUGGCCAGUAAUACUUUGAAAGAUAUGAAUAGUCUUCAUGUAACUGAGAAGAUAAGUGACUGUAAAGCUAGCUUAACCAAGCCUUGUGUUGGCAAAAUGAAUGGAAAAUCUGAAGAUAAACCAUUACCAAACUCUGCCUCUUUGGAUUCCAGUGAUCCUAAAGUUGUAGUAGAAGCAGAGAAACCCGAGCCAGAGAAAGCUAUUGUUGAAGUUGAAUAUAUUGAAUCCGAAAACUUGGAUAAUGUAGACGAUGCUGAUGCAGUUCUGAAGUCGGUUUUAGCUGGACUCGAGUCCAAGGAUUGGAUUUCAGUUUGUGAUGCUCUUAAUAACGUUCGCCGGCUUUCGAUAUUCCACAAGGAAGCAAUGCUGCAUAUGCUUGAAAAAGUGAUACCACUUGUCGUGAAGUCACUGAAAAAUCCAAGAAGUGCGGUGUGUAAAACGGCAUGCAUGACAUCUGCAGAUAUCUUCAGUGCAUAUAAUAAUCAUAUAACAGAUCUGUUGGAGCCUCUGCUUACUCAACUCCUCCUCAAGUCUUCCCAAGACAAACGGUUUGUUUGCGAGGCAGCAGAGAAAGCUUUAACAGCAAUGACCAAAUAUGUUUCCCCAACCUUGCUGUUGCCAAAGCUGCAACCUUGUCUCAAGAACAGGAAUCCUCGGAUCCGUGCUAAAGCAUCAUUAUGCUUUUCUCGAAGUGUUCCUCGACUGGGUGUUGAAGGGAUUAAGGAAUAUGGAAUUGACAAAUUAGUUCAAGCAGCCGCAUCUCAGCUUAGCGAUCAGCUCCCUGAAUCCCGUGAGGCUGCACGGACCGUCCUACUAGAACUUCAGACCGUAUAUGAAAAAGCUCAUCCUCUCAUCAACCCUGAAGCAUCAUCCUCAUCAUCACCAGAAGAAGAGCAAAUUGCGGAGGCAGAGCCAAUUACUUGGGAAAUCUUCUGCCAGUCAAAACUGUCGGCUCUUAGCGCACAAGCGGUGCUUCGUGUCACCAAUGUUGUGACUGUCACUGCUCGGGAGGGUUUGGUUACUACAGGUUCAUCAUCUUCAUCUCAGCUAUAAACCUUUUCUACUACAAUUUUUUUUUAAACCGUUUGCUACGAGUCAUACGGUUUACAUGGUAUUCUCCGGCAUGAUCGACCAUAUUGGCAAAUUAUGGACCGAGAAAAAGAGUGAAGACCGUCUUAUUAAAAAUCUUGGUUUCUU